CACGAGCAAGGAGGCUCGCAUUAGAGGAUUUAUGGGUGCGAUGGCCCCAAUCUCGGUCGGGGAAAAGGACAUGUGCUCUCUGCAGUUUGAACCAAAGUUUUAGUCCAAUCAUACUAAGGCUGGUAUCAUGGAUAACAGCUAUUACCCAUUAACGGAGGAACAACUCCAGUUCUACGAGGAGAAAGGAUACUUGCUCAUUCAUGGCUUCUUUAAUGUUCCUGAGACCAAAGUCCUACAACAGUGGACUCAGGAAGUUCACGACCUCCCAAGGACCCCAGAUGCCUCUUAUAUGCCCUAUGAGGAAGUCAAUGCCGAAGGCAAAAGGGUCCUCUGCCGCACAGAGAACUAUGCCAAUUCCCAUGCUGGCUUCGAUAGUUUUCUGCGUGGUGAGCGCAUCUUGAGCGUUCUCCGUCAGCUCGCUACUGAGGACAUGAUUCUUUUCAAGGAGAAGAUCAACUACAAACUCGCUGGUAGUGGUGGCUUCUCUCCUCAUAUCGACGCCAAUGCAUACACCCACAUGACCUCAGAGAAUGGUGGACUUGACGUGGUCGACGGCAGUCACCUUAUGGAGGUACCGCUUGGAGAGGACCGCUGCAUUGAGCCUGGCUGGGUCAAGAGCCAAACAUGGACGCCUUGCAAUCUACAACCGGGUGACAUUCUCGUUUUUGGCUCCUACCUUGCCCACAAGAGUGGCGCCAACACCAGCUCCAAGGACCGACGCGCAAUUUACGCCACAUACAACCGCUUGGCUGAGGGUGACCUGCACGAUCAGUACUAUGAGGAUCGCCGCAAGCUGUGGCCUGCCACGCACAUGCGGAAAGAGGGAGAGACGUAUGAGGAGGGCAGAAUGCGGUAUGGCUACGGCUCCCCGAUGCUGACGGUCGAGGGUCAACAGCCGGUACUUGCGUAGCGUAAAUUUAGGGUGCAAUGUUUAUGAAUGAAUAGCUUGUUGAGAACGGGCAAAGAAAAGAUUUGGAAGGAAGGAGUCGAUAGACUGGUGUUCUACAAUGCAAGUCUAUACCAUGUAGUAAACCAUGUAGAUCAAAC